AUGACUGAUAAGACUGAUUCAUUCAACAAUAAAACGAUGAAAGCUAUGUUGGCGGAAGAAAUCGCUUCAGUGGAUAUAGGCUACGAAGUAUAUUCGACAAAGAAAAUCAACAUUUUGGUCGUCGGCCGUUCUCACUCGGGAAAAACAACAUUGAUUCGUUCUCUGGAAAACCCAAUGUAUGCUUCAACCUAUACGGAAUAUGCCAGAACGCGAGAUCCCAAGAAUCACACAUUGGUAACACGUUACAAGCAAACAAAUUUGUACUAUCAGCUCAACAUGAUCGAUACAGCAGGGCUUCAGGAAGUGGCAGAGCAAAAAGAAAAUCAACGAACAGACGAACAAUUGCUUGAUUUAGCAGCUCGAUGUGUGAAGCAAGAAAUCACUACGUUGAACAUUGUCAUAUUCAUGUCCGAAGCGGGAAAAACACAUACACAGGAUAUUGACGUAUUCAAUUCGAUCAUGGAAUUUCUUGGAGCCAAAUUCGAGAAUAUAUGCAUGAUGGUUUUAAGUCAUUGUGAAGGUUUCAAAGAAGAUCGGUUAGCACAGUUUGUUGACAAUAUUCGCACGCAUCCGUCGAGUGCCAAAGCAUUUAACUAUUGUAAAUUAGGUGUUUUCUUUCAUGGAGCCAUUGACUAUGACGAUAUGUCGACAUUUGAGGAUGAUAUUAACUUUAAACGACUCUAUAUUCGAAGAAAAAUGGAGAGAAUCGCCCCUAUGCGUCAGUCUCUCAUGGAAAUAUUUAUUUCACGAGCAGGUCAUGAGGUAUCUGUCGACCAAAUUCAGCUACUGGUGGAUCAAGCUAAUCAGAAGCUCAAUACAGACAUAGCAGAUGCGUUGAGAAAAACUCCCAGUCGCUGUACAAUAAUGUAG